UGGCGCAGAUAGGGGCUGCGAACAGACGCGCUGCUGUUGCAAGUGCGCGGAUCGGAGUGUGCCGUGAGAACCUGAGGACCGGGAGAAUGCGGGACAGAGGAAAUAAUCUUCUCUCGCUGGAUGUUUACGAAUAUUUCCAAGACGUCAUCUAACUGGAUUACAGUUUAUUCAGAAUAUAUUAUUUGUUCUCAUCACUCUUCAGUUUUGAUCCCGCAUCACUAAACCGUGCUGGGCUGCGGACUUUUCUCUCCUUUGCUCGCCAACUGAGAGCACUCCGAGGCACGGAGCGUACGUGUGCAUGUGUUAAGUCGUCGGUGAAGAAAAAUCUGAGCAGUUGUAAGCGUUUGCACGGGGCAUCGGACAGUGUAUUCGAGUCUAACCUGACGCCGCACGGUGCAAAGACAGAGGGACAGCCCGGCAAAGUUCUCAGCGUUUGCGCCUGUUUGGUGCGUUAUAUUAUUUAAUUUUAAUCAUUUUAUUUUUUAAAUCAAUUUUGGAAAAUAUUGUCCGCAAGGAAAAAUAUAAACAGGAUUAUUGAACUGAAAUGAUCAUGAACCCACAUCCUUCAAUGACUGUUUGAGUGUAAGUUGAUUCAUUAUUGGAGGAAAAACGAACUCGGCAGAUAAUUCUGAUAUGUUUCCAAACGUCGAAAUGAUGGACGAGCCUCAGUAAUUUUUUGAUCAAUUGCUAUUUCGGAGUCAAACUCCCUAACGAAUUCGUUACAUAUGGCUGGGGAAAACGGACAGUUCGCGUCCUGUUAGCGGGAGACGUGGCUUCGAAGAAGGGACUGAGGAAUCUGUCAUAGCGGGGAAGGAGGUGCAAAUCUGGACAGAGGCUGGGAUCUAUUGCAGGCGAAGCAGUGUAUGUAAUCUGGACCAUGAAUCCACACGCCUCUUGAAACACCAGACUACGCUUCGCAUCUGAAUCUAUCACUUCAACUGAUUUUUUUGUGUAAAAUCCCAAUUUGUGUUUUUCAGUACAAGAAAAACAAGGUUAACGACUACCUAGAAUCAUGAGGACUACUGGUGCAGUGGACUAUUUGUGCUACUCGAUGCUCAUCCUGCAGCUGCUGACUCAGCCCGCCGCCAAGAAAGUGCUCCGCUACCGCUUGGCAGAGGAGGGUCCCGCCGAUAUCCGAAUAGGAAAUGUAGCCGCCGACCUGGGCAUUGUAGCCGGCUCUGGUGAGGUUACUUUCACCCUGGAGUCGGGCUCAGAAUAUUUCAAAAUCGACAACAUUACUGGGGAGCUUAGUACGAACGAAAGGCGGAUAGACCGCGAGAAAUUACAGCAGUGCCAGAUGAUUUUUGAUGAGAAUGAAUGUUUCAUAGAUUUUGAAGUCUCAGUUAUUGGACCGGCGCAAAGCUGGUUAGAUUUGUUUGAAGGGAAAGUUAUAAUUCUGGACAUUAACGACAACACGCCUUCUUUUCCGUCUCCUGUUCUGACUCUGUCUGUGGAAGAAAACAGACCAAUUGGCACGCUAUAUCUUUUGCCCACGGCAACCGACCGUGAUUUCGGCAGGAAUGGAAUUGAGAGAUAUGAGCUCAUUCAGGACAGCGGCGACUCUGUGAGACGAAUGGGCUCUAGUUCAGGGAGCAAUGGGGACUCUCACUCUGGCAAAAGGCGGUUUGAUGACAGCUCUCGGAACAGCUUCUUUGAGUUGCAAGUCGCUGACACUACUGACGGCGAGAAACAGCCGCAGCUUAUCAUUAAAGGCGCGCUGGAUAGAGAGCAGCGGGACUCCUAUGAACUGACGCUGCGCGUGAAAGAUGGGGGCGAUCCGGCACGCUCCUCACAGGCUAUUCUGAGAGUGAUGAUUACGGAUGUGAAUGACAACAGCCCGCGCUUUGAGAAAAGCGUGUAUGAGGCUGACCUACCGGAAAACAGCCCCCCUGGCGCCCCCAUCCUCCAAUUAAAAGCCAUGGAUGCCGAUGUCGGCGUGAACGGUCAAAUUGAGUAUGUGUUUGGCGCCGCCACUGAGUCCGUGCGGAGGCUCCUUAGGCUGGACGAGAGCACAGGCUGGCUGAGCGUGCUCCACAGGAUUGACCGCGAGGAGGUGAGCCAGCUGCGUUUCACUGUGAUGGCACGCGACCGCGGGCAGCCUCCCAAGACAGACAAGGCCACUGUUGUUCUGAAUAUUAAAGAUGAGAAUGAUAACGUGCCAAAUAUUGACAUACGCAAGAUUGGCCGCAUCUACCUGCGUGAUGGAGUGGCCAAUGUGGCAGAGGAUGUGGUAGUGGACACACCCAUCGCACUGGUACAAGUGUCAGAUCGUGACCAGGACCAGAACGGAUUUGUGACGUGCACUGUGGUGGGUGACGUUCCCUUCCAGCUAAAGCUGACAAGUGAGAAUGAUGGGGAGAUGAACAAGAAGAAGUAUUUCCUGCACACGUCCGCUGCGCUGGACUAUGAAGCUGUGCAGGAGUACACUGUGGUCAUCGUGGCGGUGGACUCGGGCAGCCCUAGCCUGUCCAGCAACAACUCGCUCCUGGUGAAGGUGGGCGACACCAACGACAACCCACCCAUCUUUGGCAAGAGUACGGUGGAGGUGUCGUUUCCGGAGAACAACGCUCCUGGCGAACGGGUGACGACAGUGCGGGCCACGGACGCAGACAGCGGUAAGAAUGCCGAGAUCUCAUACUCUCUCGACAACUCCGUCAACGGCAUCUUCUCCAUCAACGCAGACACCGGGGACAUCCAGGUGAACACCAUCCUGGACCGGGAGCAGACGGAGAGAUACGAGUUCAAGGUGGUGGCCAAGGACAAGGGCAUGCCCAUCCUCCAGGGGUCAGCCACGGUGGUCGUGCUGGUGGCGGACAAGAACGACAAUGAGCCCAAGUUCAUGCAGGACGUAUUCACGUUCUACGUGAAGGAGAACCUGCAGCCCAACAGCCCCGUUGGCAUGGUGACCGUCAUGGACGCCGACAAAGGCCCCAACGCCCAGAUGAGUCUCUUCAUAGAGGAAGAGGAGGAGAUCUUUUCCAUCGAGAACGACACUGGCACCAUCUUCUCCACAGUGUCAUUUGACCGCGAGCAGAAGACGCAGUACUCAUUCCGGGUUAAGGCAGUGGACGGAGGUGACCCACCACGCUCCGCUACAGCCACCGUGUCACUCUUUGUGAUGGACGAGAACGACAACCCUCCCGCCGUCAUCUUCCCCCUCAACAACACGUACACACUUCUGCCGCCGGCCAGCACCGUCCAGACAGUGGUCCGCACUGUGGUCGCCACCGACACCGACACGGGCUCCAACGCUGACCUGAACUUCAGCAUCAUUGGCGGCAACCCAUACAAGCUGUUCGAGAUGGACCGUGCCACCGGGGUCAUCUCGCUGGUGGGCAAGCUGGAACAGAAGCACUACGGCCUCCACCGGCUAGUGGUGCUGGUCAACGACAGCGGGCAGCCAUCGCAGAGCACCACCACGCUUGUCCACGUCUUUGUCAACGAGAGCGUGUCCAACUCCUCGGUGGUGGAGGCCCUGGUGGCCAGGAGCCUGGGCACGCCGCUGAACGCCGACAUCGCCGGCGACCCCAACUACGACCUGAGCAAGCAGCGGCUGAGCAUCGUCAUCGGCGUGGUGUCGGGCAUCAUGACGGUGGUCCUCAUCAUCCUGGUGGUGGUGAUGGCGCGCUACUGCCGCCCCAAGAACAAGAACGGCUACGAGGCGGGCAAGAAGGACCACGAGGACUUCUUCACUCCACAGCAGCACGACAAAGGCAAGAAGCAGUCCAAGAAGGACAAGAACAAGAAGAAAUCCAAGCAGCCGCUCUACAGCAGCAUCGUCACCGUGGAGGCGUCCAAACCCAACGGUCAGCGCUACGACGGCGUCAACGAGAAGCUCUCCGACAGCCCCGGCAUGGGACGCUACCGCUCGGUCAACGGGGGUCCCGGGAGCCCCGACUUGGCCCGACACUACAAGUCCAGCUCCCCCCUGCCCACCGUCCAGCUGCACCCGCAGUCCCCCACGGCGGGGAAAAAGCACCAAGCUGUGCAGGAUCUGCCUCCCGCCAACACCUUUGUGGGAACCGGAGAUAACAUAUCCCUCGGAUCGGACCACUGCUCCGAAUACAGCACUCAAACCAUCAACAAAUACAACAAACAGCCGUUCCGCCGGGUGACCUUCUCGGUGGUGAGCCAGCCCCAGGACCCCCACCACCAGGGAUCGCUGCAGAGCUGCUACGACAGCGGGCUGGACGAGUCGGAGACACCCAGCAGCAAGAGCUCCUCGGGCCCCCGGCUGGGAGCCUUGCCCCUACCAGAGGACAGCUACGAGAGGACCACGCCGGACGGGAGUGUCGGUGAGGCAGAGCACAUGGAAAAUGACACUCGGCCCCUGCCUGACGUAGCCAUGACCGGCAAGUGCACGCGCGAAUGUGACGAGUACGGCCACUCGGACGCUUGCUGGAUGCCCGUGCGCACGUCGCCCGAGCGCCGGCCCAAGCAGCCGCAGGUCGCCAGCAGCCAGCAGCCCCCCAAGCUUUCAACCUUCAUGACCUCCGGCGGCGGUGGGGCCUCGGGUGAGCAGGCGGCCAAUUCGGACUCGCCGCUGGCGGUGGCCAAUGGCGACGCGGCGGCGACGGGGGCAGUGGGAGUGCACCACCACCUGCUCGGCGACCGCAACCGCAACCUGCUCAACAAGAAGAUGUCCGCCUCGUCCUCAUCCUACGACGCCUUCGCCACCGCCAGCUACGCCGCCAGCGCACCCGACGACCCCAGCCGCCCCCCCGAGGACAUCCCACUGGCCCAGACGGGCGACUACAAGCCCACCACCUGCGGCACACUCACCCGCCGAGAGGUCUACCUGUGACCGCCGCACCAGCCGCCAAUCGCCAAUCAAAACUAAGAAGAAACAUACAAACAAAAAAACGCAAAGAAUUGUAUCAGUAACACCCGUCCUACCAUCAACACUAAAAUCUAACACACACACACACACACACACACACACACACACACACAAAACCACCCUCUUGAGACUCUCGUUUUAGAGCCCAAAAUGGACUUCCUCCUUCCCACAAGAGGAAAAAAAACACGACUGCCGUGCUCAAAGGACAAGAGAAAUAAACGAUACUCUUUGGUUGAUUCUCUUGAGGAUCGUUCUCACCAAAACCUUUACUCUUUCUUUCGCUUAUUUUAACUAUCCGCUUAACGAACGACUAACUCAUACUUUUAAAAUCAAGACAAGUUGAUGAGUAGGACAAAAGGGUGACUAGCGAGGAGGCAAAGAAGGGGGAAAGGGCGGGGUUGAUGGCAAGCCAAUCGGAUGUUUUGCUGCUGGCGAUUUCGGGCCUCUCGAACUAUUCUUUAGCUGACUGAUUACCCCACCCAUUGUAUAAUGUCGACUGUAUCAUCGUAACGUGCAUGCAUAACCAAGCCCCUUGGAGACAUGGACUACUGGCGCUAAACGAAGGUCCUACCUGCUAUCUUUCUAGAUCGCUUUUUUUCUACAACUCUAUACUGGCAUGAGGAGAGACUCUGACCAAGGUACUUCUUGUACUUCAUGGUACUGAUGUUCAUGGACGGAUGGGCAAAGCUUGUUCAAGGAUCUGCCCAUAUCACCAUGGUAUGCAACCAUCAUCAACGAGGCUCGAACCAAUCAAACUGAGUCAGCAUUGUAACAGUAGACCAAAAAUAGACUGCAGGAAAAAAAUCCAAAUUUACAGAAACCUGAAGGAAGAGGAACAAAGCAAAUGGGAAAGCAAGGAUAUUCCCAUAGCAACAAGCGAUCUCAAAGACGCUCAUAUGUCUGUUUUUUGUUUUAUUUGAUUUUAUUGCUUCUUUUUUUUCACCUGUCAUGGCAACCAAGUUUGAGGAUUACUCUUGUGUUGUGUUUUUUUAAUAACGAGAAUCUGAGCCGCAAAAUCUAACACUACGCCUGUGGAUGCCUGUUGAAAAAUUGUUAGUCCACGACGUGCGCUGUAAACUGUGAACUCACACGCGAACUUGUGUGCUCUCUUUCUCACGCCAACCACUUGCGCACGCGCACACACACUCUGAGACAUGUGUUUGUGUGUGUGUGCUUACACUCUGUACAUAAAUAUAGUGUACACAUAAUGGACACAUGCUUUAAAUCGAUAUCCCAACUUCACACUCACUCUCCUGCCCCCUCACCCCUCUCACUCCCUCCCUCCCUGUCCAGUCUCUUUCUCUUUCCUUGGUAAUCUCCGAGAGUUAGCCGAAAAUAACCCAAGGGGACCUUAUUUAACCAAGACCAGUCGUGUGGUUGCUAGUCUUUGCCUGAACGCUGUGAAUAUGUGUCAAUGUGGUUGUGAAUAUCACAUCUGGAGAAAAACGAGACAAUUACUUACUCCUUCAAAAUUUCAAUUAAACAUACUUUUGUUUUGGUCAGACAUUUUAGUGAUGACCCCUGCAAGAUGUCUAGCAGGAACAAUUGCCCAAAACACCUGACCACACUACAAGAAUAUGUUCAUAUAUGUGGGCUAGUCUUUAACAAACAACAGGUGAAGGCAAACAAUGUUCAAGGGAAUCCUUGGCUAGCAACGUCAAGGUAGUGAGCAGCAUACAUACAUACAAACAUACAUACACCCCGCAUCCGCCCACUAGACCAAUCAGCUACUUCAAGUUGUACGCACACACAUACACAUUUUUACACACACACACACACACAGUAUCUCACACUGACAGUACAAACAUGCACUUAUGAAGAAGUGUGCUGGCAUUUCUGAAGGUCAUAGGACAUGUAUUUGGCUAAUAACAAGAGAGCUAGCUCAGUGACUCAGUGGAGAGGCGUGUGCCUGUGCACGUGACCAGGCCACUCUGUAGAGGACGUCUGGUGCAGUGGGCUUCAUGGCUGAUACCAAAGUGCUGGUAGAAGCCCACUGAUGCUGAGGAGGAGAGUGACCAGUAUCUCUCGAGCCUUUUCAAGAGACAACGACUAACAUCCAUGGAAUAAAUGUUUAUUUCGCUCUAGCUUUGCAUUGCUUACGAAAAAUGCUGUGCUUUUUUAAAUGUCUUUGAGGUACUGGCAGUCAUGUUCUUUGAUGGUGAUUGAGUCACAGAAGCUAAUAGAUAAUGUCAGACACACACACACACACACACACACACACACACACACACACACACACACAUACAUUUAUACGUAAGCACAUGCAUGCCAAAACACACACACACACAGACAUGUACACAAGCAAAGCUCUUAUGUCCCCUUUCUAUUGUAGGUGAUGUUAACUAAUCGCCUACAUAAAAACAGAUUUAAAAACAGUAGAAGUCACGCAACACUGAGUGAGAGAAACCAGGACAUGCAGCAGCAGCAGCAGCCCUUUUUGCUUUUGUACUUUAGAGAACGUGUUUUGGGUUAAUCAGUGCUGCUUUUUGGGCAGUCGGGUCUGUAGUCUGUAAGUACUACUCGUCGUUAAAAAGAAGUGCUCCUAUGCUUAUAAACUGUAUACAGAUAUGUACUUUUUAUUGCACGUUUAAAGGGAAACUUACUUCACUUACUGAGAAGGAGAGAAAUAAAUACAAAAAAAUGCAUAAAAAAAGAAAAUGUACAAAAAUCAUACUCUGUGAAGAUGAGGGUCCAUCUUGUUGCUUGCUUUUGUUAUACCCGGACAGACAUUAGCCAUGUAGUAGGACUUAGUAUCUCAGUCUGAGAAAGCUGGAUGAUAUAUACAUGGGGUUCAUCAACUUCGUUUCUUUGUAUUGAGCUAUUUUUUGACUAUGUUAUUAUAUCCAAAUGGUUGUCAUUUUGUUUCCGAGCCCUGUUUUUUCCACUUCAAAUGGCUGUUGAUUUUUAAAACUUUUGUUGUCAUUGUUGUUCAUGCUAUUACCUUGUCUUUCAUUUCAAAGAGUGCACACUUUUGGCUUGAUCAUCCAUCCAGAGAAGUGAUUCCUGACAAAGUUUUUUUUUUGUUUGCUUGUUUUCUCCUUCAUCUGGUUUUGUACCUAUCAGUGUUGCAUUUGUUUCAGUUUUUUUAAUUAUUACUAUUCUUUGGUAGACUGUGACAAUGAUAAUGGUAAUAUUUGCUAAUUUCGUUGUCUUUGCUUCUCGUUUUGUUCUCUGUUUUCGGCAUCACUUUGUAUAUUUAGAGAAAAGAAACAGGAAAAUCAAAACAAAUAUAGAGUGAAUGCAAAAUAUGCAAUUGUGCCUUUUUAUACCAAUGGGUAUGAUUUAAUUGUUGGUUCUGAAUGGUAUGAAACCAGUUAUAUUGAAAUGCUUUUUUAGAUGUUCUGGAUCAGAUAUACUUGGAUGAUAUCUAUGUGAGAGGUUGAAAUUUGAUGCCCUCUAUCUUGAGUUGUCUUAACAUGGGAUCAAUCCACUGUCACAAGUGUCUGUGCGAUCGCUGCAACCAUGAGGUCUUGGAUGAACCUCGUUAUGAUGUGAAAGACUGUCCCAAGAUCAAACCUUUAAUCUAGUCCAGGCAAUUGGAUGAACAUAUCGUCUUUGUGUGGCUCCAGUGCAACAAGUUGUUGUGCGCAUGGAGGGUGGUGACCUCUAACAUUUCACAGGAGAGAAGCAUUUGGGGGGACGAUGGAGCUCGUGGUGGCUCUGUGGGCUGCAAAGGAGGGAUGCUGACAGAGCAGACACCUUAGGGGGGGAGAUAACACCUUUGAAGAUACAGAGAGAGAGAGAGAGACUCAUUGACACAAUACAAAGAGAAAAUGUUUCAGUCAUAGCUCAGUAAUGUUGGAUUCAGUCAAGUAGACACUACCCAACUGGUACUUCGAGUUGAAGAAGAGAGUGAGGUACAGAGAGAUAGACAGACUUGCAAGAGGCAAAAAGAGUGAUGGGGGGAGAAAGCAAGAGAGACAGAGAAGGAGAGAGAGAGAUAAAGAUGCUGCUGUCAUUUCAAUGCUCUCAUAAAAUAUACAGCAGGGUCACAGGUAUGUCAGGUAGUUGGCAUCUGGGUGUCAAGAGCGGGCCUUAAUCACUUGGGCUCUGGUCUGCCUCUCUCCCCCUAACCCAAAGGUGUCUGCUCUUUCUCAGCAUCCGACUUUCACAUUCACAAAUCAGAUGUGUCAUUUUAAAACCCAUGAUAAACAAUUCUAUGAAAAAUAAAAUACAAAAAAGAAUAAAUAAAUCAAACACUUGGAUGUUGAUGUAGAAACCGAGGAGCAGUUUGUCAUUGUUUAUUAUAAGUCACUAUGCACGGAACUUAGCUUAACAUGGCAAAAUGUACUGAACGCAAGUCCACUCCUAUUUAUGACUAUUUUACAUAAGUUAAUUUGCUUUUUGUACAGGUUCCUGUAAAUAAAUUGCUUGUCCUUUUUGUCUCUGCAAAUUAAAAUAUAACAUGAUAAAACAA